AUGAGACGAAAAAAAAAAAAAAAAAAAAANAAGCUCGUGUUGUCCAAUGUUUUCAAGCAGGAGAACGAUCACAUUAUCCUGGUGGACAGGACCACUGUUAAAAUUGAGAAUCGUCUUUUGGACAAGGAUAGACUGAAACCUGUCAACAAGCCCAAGAGAAUAAAGCCCGUGUUGGCUGAAACGGAGAGACCACCACCGGAUCUAGUCAAAACUACUAUGCGCAUUUUUGAAAGUUCAUCAGUGAAAAAGUUAAAGCCAAAGGGUGAAGUUGCUGUUAAAAUUGCCACCUUCAAGACUAUAAAUGACACUUUCAAGGCCCAAAACCAAAAGAAAAUCAUUCCAAAGCCACCCCUACAGCCCAAGCCCUUUGUCAAUGGAAACGCGAAACUCACGACUUCACCACGUAAGAUAAUACUCACAAGAAAGCCCACCGCAGAGUUGAUAGAGCAAAAUAGUCAAGAGUCUUAUCACAACGAUGGCGUCGUAACGGAACCCAUAAUUUCGUCGGUUUCUCUGGUGGUCAGUAAAUUUCAGCAGAUCGAAAGGUCUUACUCUCCGUCGUCUUCUCCGGAACCAAGUAAAGUAAGGUUUUCGCCAAUACCAAGCCCAGAGCCUUCAGCAGUAAGGGCAAAAGUGUCUUCUCUAGAUCUUAAAUCGUCGCCCACUGGUAACAUGCCACCAAUUCCAUCACCAAGGACCACACCGCCAAAGCUUCAAUCUCCGUUGUCUCCAAGGACAGAAGCCAACGCCAAGCAGCCUUCCAUUUUUGUACAAAAGUCAAAUUCUACUCCACUGACGAGUAAGUACGAGCAGUCCAAGUUGUCAUCACCCCUGUCUUCUGAAGUGCCCAAAAUAGACUUUGAGCAGAACAAGGACGAGCCUUCCGAGGAGCAGGUAAAAGAGACAGUGUUAGAAUUAAAUAAUCAAAACAGCGUGGAGACAGUAAACACGAGUGAUGUGGCAAAGUUAAGUGACUCGGCUUCAUCCUUGGACUCAACUCUUCUGGUUGAGAGUUUCGACGAGGUGGUCGAGGUGGUCGACAGUCCCAGAACAGUGUCAAAGUCCGCCCUCGACAACAUAAGCAAGGCAGGCAUGACAGUGCAGUUCAGUUUCAAUGACAGUCCAUCCAUAAAAAGUUACCUGCCCAGACCUGUGGCGUCCACUCCCAAUGAAUCGGUGGAGGCCUCCUUCGAGUGCGAGCUCGCGUCACCCAAGCUAGUCGAGUGCUGCGCCAGGCUAAAAUCACCUUCCGCGGAAAGUCCGAGUACGUCCAGCUUGUCCGAGUUGAACUCGACGACGUCCCUCGAAUCGCCCGUCAGAGCAGAGGCUGACGACAAAGCGAUCUUCAAAGAAGAUCCCCCGAAGGAUGGCGCUGAAACAAAGCCCAUCGGGGCGAUCUCGAGCCUGAGCCUCAUAAAAUCGACGACGACGACGACUUUCUCGCAAGGCAACGAAUCGAAAACCAUAAGGAGCCAGAAGCCUGAGUCAAACUCACCCCCUCAAAAGCAGAUAGGCAUCAUACGGCCGCUCGUGUCGACCAAGACCCAGUUGCCCCAGCAAAAUCUCAGCAACAGGGAGAUCGAGAAAAAUUUGAUAAACCGCGUGAAGAGCAUAGAACAGCAGCAGCAGCAGCCUACGAAAGUGGUGGUGAGUUUGAAAAGUGCCGAGGAAAUUCAACCUUCGGGCAAGAAGAACAACAACAGCAACAACAACUCGAGCGCCGGUCUGUGGGACUCGAAGCCGUGGAACCAGGCCAACAACACGAUGGUAUUCAACUUUAGCAACAGAAAGGACGUGCCGGACUACAUAGAGAACGACGGCUUGAUCAUCAAGAGGAAACGCGAGAAGCCAAGGGUAAUUAUAUUUGCGUUGCUCUAUAUAAAAAACGACAUGGUCUCUGAAUUUUGCACUUGUUUUCUUGCUAGGGAUGAACCUAAACUUUCUAAAGGAAACUGCACACAUUGCUAA